GGAUGCCUGGGAUGACAGCUUAUGCUGGUUUUUAUGAGGUUUGCUCUCCCAAGAAGGGAGAAACUGUCUUUGUUUCAGCUGCUUCUGGAGCAGUUGGUCAGCUUGUUGGGCAAUUUGCAAAGAUCCUAGGUUGCUAUGUUGUUGGUAGUGCUGGAAGCAAAGAAAAAGUUGAUCUGUUGAAGAGCAAGUUUGGGUUUGAUGAAGCUUUUAACUAUAAAGAGGAGCAGGAUUUUGCUGCCGCUUUGAAGAGGUACUUCCCUGAUGGAAUUGACAUCUACUUUGAGAAUGUUGGAGGGAAGAUGCUUGAUGCAGUUCUUCUGAAUAUGAAACUCCAUGGCCGUAUUGCUGUAUGUGGGAUGAUCUCACACAACCUUGAUAAGACUGAAGGAGUGCACAACUUGUUCUGCCUUAUCACAAAACGAAUCCGCAUGGAAGGAUUUCUUGUUUUUGAGUACUAUCAUCUCUACCCUAAAUAUUUGGAAAUGAUCAUUCCACAUAUAAAGGCUGGUAAGGUUGUGUACAUGGAAGAUGUAGCUGAAGGUCUCGAAAGUGCUCCCAGUGCUCUAGUUGGUCUCUUCUCUGGUCGCAAUGUUGGAAAGCAAGUUGUCAUGAUCUCGCAUGAGUGAUUAGGGAACGAUUUGAUUGCAUGAUUUUGCUUUAUGUAUAUGUUGCCAGCAUCAUGCGAAAAUAACCUGAAUGCUCAAUACAAUUGUUUUUUCCCCUUCUUCUUUGGUCAUGGCAAUUUCAUGUUAUCUGGCCGAACAUGAUGGUCCAAAAACAUCAUGGCAAUUUCAUGUUAUCUGGCCGAACAUGAUGGUCCAAAAACAUCUCAAUUAUUUUCUUUAUGAAAUUCUGUUUCAGUGUUUGGGGAAAAA